GUGGUUCUGCGGCUCAGCUUUGAAUACUGUCGCACGUCGGAGUUUUAGGCAGUCUAUAAAUGUAAUUCUUAACUGAAAUUUAAAAGCGUUAUUAAUUUAUUCCCUGGGUGUUUAGGUUGAUUUAGAAAGAACCGCAUUUUAGUGUUGCAACGAUCAGUUUACAGCUUUCGUAGCAAAAGUGUAACGAUUGACUGUUGACGCGCCUCAGUUCUACUUCUGACUUCUUGGCAAAGUUGUGUGUUCACACGACACAUGGUGUUAAAGCUAAAUUAUAGUUUAUAAAAUGUCGACUUUCUCUGAAAAUGGUAAACACAAAGGCGGCUAUUCGAACUGCACACAAGAAGAGGAUGAGGAGCAUCCUAGGCUGCUGAUCCCUGAGCUCUGCAGACUCUUCUAUCAGCUUGGAUGGGUGACGGGGACAGGCGGAGGAAUAAGUAUGCGGCGUGGACAUGAAAUCUACAUCGCCCCCUCAGGAGUCCAGAAGGAGAGGAUACAGCCAGAGGAUAUCUUUGUUUGUGACAUAGAGGAGCGGGACCUGUCGGUUCCACCUCCCAGCAAGAAGCUGACGAAGAGCCAGUGCACCCCUCUAUUCAUGAACGCGUACACCAUGAGAGAGGCUCAAGCAGUGAUACACACGCAUUCCAAGGCCGCAGUGAUGGCAACGCUGCUGUUCCCCGGCAAGGAGUUCCGCAUCACCCACCAGGAGAUGAUCAAGGGAAUCCGAAAGGGGAACUCUGGCACAAACUACAGGUAUGAUGAGACUCUGGUGGUGCCCAUCAUUGAGAAUACUCCAGAGGAACGGGACCUCAAGGGGCGGAUGGCUGAGGCUUUGAUGGAAUACCCAGACACCUGUGCAGUCCUAGUCCGCCGACAUGGGGUGUAUGUCUGGGGGGAAACCUGGGAAAAGGCAAAGGCUAUGUGUGAGUGCUACGAUUAUUUAUUUGACAUCGCAGUGCAGAUGAAGCGGUGUGGUCUGGAUCCUGCUGCUUUUCCGACAGAAGACAAAGGCAUCUGCUGAUGAGCACCAGUUUUUUUUUUUUUUUAAAAAAUAUCUGUAUGUACCAGAUCGAGGCUAUGAUUUUCAGCAGAGUAUAAUUAUAAAGAACAAGGUUCCUGGUUUUGCAUAACUGUGUUGUAGCAGACACCUCAGAAAAUGGAUAUGUCCUCAUUGUUUAACUCAAGAUUUACAUCACAGGCAAGGGGAUCCUGUUUUCUGACUGUUCUGUGAAUGUUGUGCAGUUACUGAUUACUGAAUAAAUUUUACUGUUAGAUUAAACUUACUGAGAAACAGUGAUGAUUUGCAUGUACAAGAUGGAACUUGCCACUAAUGACCCGUGGAGCCUUCAGUGCUUGAGACAUUGUGACUUAUGGAUGUAACAUUUAUUAUGUUUCUUUGUCUUACUGAGUCUUCAGUAAAUGUUCACUUGUAAAAAAAAAAAAAAAAUAUUUAACUUAAAUGUUUUAUUAAAAUAUGAUUUUCUUUUAAAAAGUGCCUAAAUUGCUGGAGUGUAGGAUAAAACUAGACCUCCUGGAGGAAUUUCACAGGAUGCAGCAGGAAACAGAAAGUGCCACACAGAUGGGCCUGUAUUCAAUUUCAAAACCUUG